AAUUGGACUCUGAAGUAGUGUGAAAGUGUUAGCGGUUUUUCUUGUAAAACUGAUUUAUAAUAUUAAAUAUUUUUUAAUCUUGCUAUACUCUAAAUAUAACAUAAUACAAUAUCACAAUGCCCGCCAAAGCAGUUUGCGUACUUCGUGGUGAUGUUAGCGGAACUGUUUUCUUCGAUCAGCAGGAUGAAAAGUCACCUGUUGUUGUUUCUGGAGAGGUCCAGGGCUUGACUAAGGGUAAACACGGUUUCCAUGUGCACGAAUUUGGUGACAACACAAACGGUUGCACAUCAGCUGGAGCUCAUUUCAACCCUGAAAAACAAGAUCAUGGUGGUCCCAGUUCUGCUGUACGCCAUGUCGGCGACCUCGGUAACAUUGAGGCAAUUGAAGACUCUGGAGUCACUAAAGUAUCAAUCCAAGAUUCCCAGAUCUCUCUUCAUGGACCUAACAGCAUCAUUGGUCGCACUUUAGUUGUCCAUGCUGACCCUGAUGACUUGGGACUCGGUGGCCAUGAGCUAAGUAAGACCACUGGUAAUGCCGGUGGCCGUAUUGCUUGUGGAGUCAUUGGCUUGGCCAAGAUUUAAAUACAUACAUUUUUCAUAUGUUGGGCUUGGUACUACAAUAUUUAGUGACUUCAUGAUAUUUUGAAUACUAAUUUUUGUUUAAAUUUCACCUACAUAAAUAAAAAACCCAGUGUCUUUGACGGUAAUAUUAGUCCAUCUGAUAGUGAAAAGAUGUAAGCAUAAUCAGUUGUAGUAGUAAGUAAGUCUAUAGGAGGUUAUAAAAUUAUUUUUAAUAGCAUUCCUGAAGUUAUGCAAUAUUGCAAUCUUUGGCUUCACAUUAUCCUUGGUGCAGGCGUUUAUGUAUCUCAGUGUAUACUUGUUUUCUUGUUUUGUUAUAAUAAAGUUUUGAAAAUGUU